AUGUCGGAUGCCGCCUUGAGAUACAUUGACCAUAUUCUCAUGGAAGAGGAUACGGACGAUGGGGCCCACACGCUCCAAGAGUCGUCGGAUUUUCAGGAGACCGAGAGAUCCUUCUACAAGCCAGUUCAAACUCUCACGGGCCCGUUUGACAGUCUCACGAAUCACAUUGUUCCGUCCGACUCCUCCAUUAGCAUGUCGAGUGGCUUGUAUUGCAUCGUAAAGCAUAAAAGAUCUUUUGGUGGGAGUGAAGUGGUUUGGGAUUUCAAAGAAGGGGUCCCACGGGUGGCUAAUCCCGACCCGAGAGAAGGUAAAAUGUUGCACAUUAUUGGAGUCACGAUUCAAAAUUUUUUAGAAGGUGGAAAUGAUGCGGUAAAGCCGGGCGAAGAUCGAGCAAGAACCACCAAGAAUCCCCUGGUUUUUACGGAGUCCGACAUCCCCAUAGAAGAAUUCGACAAGCUCUUGCUCUCCACGCUCGAUGACCAGGCGAUCGACUGGUCAACCCUCCUGACGAAAUGCGCCCAAAUGGUUGCGUCGGGCGACCGUCGAGCCGUGGCUGCUCUCCUAACUAAAAUCAGACGGCACUCGUCGCCUACCGACGACUGGGCCGAGAGGUUGGCCCACUACUUUGCAGACGGGCUUGAGGCCCGCCUCGCGGGGACAGGCACCCAAGUGUACAAAGCACUCGCGGGAAAACGGAUCUCCCCCCUCCCCCGGCAACUGCCUCAAGACUUACUACAUGUCGAUCGCGUCUUUCCCGUUUCAAAAAGUCACAAACCACGUCUCGAACAACCUCCUCGCGGCCCGGUCGGCUGGCUCAGCCCGUGUCCAUCUCAUCAACUUCGGCAUCCUCCACGGCUUCUAGUGGCCGACCUUCAUCAGGCGCGUGGCCCUUCGGCCUGGCGGGCCCCCAAGUCUCCGGAUCACUACCGUUGA